AUGGGCAUGCCUUCUAUGAGCCAAUUCACUGUCGAGACCCUCCUCAGCCCCACCCUCCUCUUCCUCACCUUUCUAUUCUUCUUUUUUCUUCUCCACCCCUCCGUCCAAACCAUACUUACGAGUUUCAAGGAUUGUCGUCUUCCUCCAGGUUCGACAUCUUGGACAAUAUUUGGUAGCCUCCUCACAAUGCUCCGCCAUAAGCCUCACUUCCGUUGGAUCUUAAAAAUUGCUGAGGGAAAGGACAUCACAUGCAUCCGCCUUGGCAGUACUCAUGUCAUUGUUGUGAACUCUCCAGAGCUUAGCCGUGAGUUUCUUAAAAAACAAGAUGCAAAUUUUGCAUCAAGGCCGCUAACCAUGGCCACUGAGUACUCUGGUCGGAAUUUUCUCUCGGUUGUCAUCGCUCCUUGGGGUGAGCAAUGGAAAAAAAUGAGAAGGGUGGUGGCAUCAGAGAUCCUCAACACUUCAAGGCUCCAUUGGCAAUCAAAGUUACGCACUGAGGAGAUCGACCAUAUUGUCAAGUAUAUACAUAACCAAUGCGAGAAAUUGGAGGAACCCGUUAUCAAUGUUAGGCUUGCAACACGAUACUACACUGGCAACACUAUAAGGAGGAUGAUAUUUGGAGUAAGGCAUUUUGGCGAGGGUGGAGAGUAUGGAGGACCGGGCAAGGAGGAGCUGGAGCAUGUGGAUGCGGCAUUCAAGGUGCUAUCUUUUAUCUAUGCCUUUUGUGCAUCAGAUUUUAUGCCAUGGUUGAGGUGGUUGGACAUUGAUGGGCAUGAAAGGAACAUGAAGGAGGCCAUAAGGGUGAUAAACAAAUAUCACGAUCCUAUUAUUGAGGAAAGGAUGCAAAAGUGGAGAGGUGAGAAGGAGAAAGAGGUUAAAGGGGCUAAGAGGGAAGUGGAGGACCUCCUUGAUGUUUUCAUUUCAUUGAAAGAUAACAAAGGGAGACCUUUGCUGACAAUGGAGGAGGUCAAGGCUCAAUGUCAGGAACUAGUCUUUGCAACUGUAGACAACCCAUCCAAUAUAGCCGAAUGGUCAUUGGCCGAGCUACUGAAUCGACCUGAGAUCCUUCAGAAAGCCAUGGAAGAGUUGGACCGAGUGGUUGGAAAGGACAGGCUGCUCCAAGAGUCUGACCUCCCCCAACUUCCUUACCUCAGGGCAUGUGCUCGUGAAGGCCUUCGUCUCCACCCCGUGGCCCCCUUCAAUCUGCCGCAUGUCGCCUUGGCUGAUGCCACUGUUGCCAAUUACUUUAUCCCAAAGGGGAGCCAAGUUCUGCUGAAUCGAGUUGGGCUGGGCCGAAACGAAAAGGUCUGGGAUGACGCACCCCGAUUCAACCCAGACCGGCACUUGAAGAAUGGGUCAACUGAUGUUGGGCUUGCUGAACCAGACCUACUAUUCAUCUCAUUCGGUACGGGCCGUCGUGGGUGCAUGGGGGGUUCUUUAGGAAGCGUCAUGACUUAUAUGCUACUAGGUAGGCUUCUUCAGGCAUUUGAUUGGAGCUUGGCACCGGGGGAGCUUGGUGUGGACCUCUCAGAGGAUAAUAGAAGCCUUUUUAUGGCCAGACCUUUUCAUGCUUGUGCUAAGCCACGACUGUCAUUUUUAGCAAACUUAUAAGUCCAAAAGAUCAGUCCCAUUGGCUCAACCCAGAUCAUUGUCAAACUUGAGAAUAAUCAAUAAAUGUAUUUCAAAAUUGGUUUACUUAGUCAUAUAACGAGCACAUUUUUUUCAAAGCACCUCUAAGAUACGUACCCUGAGUCGGAAGCACCUUU